AUGAGCCUCUCUCUGGCGCGCUUCGCCCUUCAUUCCAGGGUCUUCUACGACGUCGCAACUACCGGAAACAGUAACCGUCGUCUUAUUUCGACCCUCAAGAAUCGGAAGUUUAGUUCCACUGCCUCUCCCAGAGCUCAAAACAAGGGAAGUGAAGAGCUGCUAGUGGUAGUUGGAGCUGGAGCUGCUGGGGUUUAUGGAGCGAUUAGAGCUAAAACCCUGGUUCCUAAUCUCAAUGUGGUGCUCAUUGAGAAAGCGAGGCCCCUGGCCAAGGUGAAAGUUUCCGGGGGAGGCCGGUGCAAUGUGACAAAUGGGCAUUGCGUUGAAACCAUGAUGUUGGCAGAGAACUAUCCGAGAGGUCAUAAAGAAUUGAAAGGAGCGUUUUUCAACACUCAUGGGCCGGUGGAUACCAUGACUUGGUUUUCUGAUCAUGGGGUGGAGCUGAAGACUGAGGAUGAUGGAAGGGUGUUUCCUGUCAGCAACAGUUCGUCUACGAUUAUUGAUUGUCUAAUGUCUGAAUCGACACGGUUGGGAGUUUCUCUGCAGACCGGAAAAGCUGUGAUAACUGCAUCUCCUACUGAUGGUGGGAAAUUUCUUCUAGGCAUUGAAAAGCGUACUCCCAGUUCUGUUGAAUAUGUUGAAGCUGAUUAUCUUUUGAUUGCCAGCGGUAAUGGCAAGCAGGGGUACAGUCUUGCAUCUCAGCUUGGUCAUUCAAUUGUCGAUCCUGUACCAAGCUUAUUUACUUUCAAGAUUGAGGAUCCACAGCUGGCUGACUUGUCAGGGAUCACAUUCCCUAAAGUCAAGGCUAAGCUGAAAAUAGAGAAUCUCCAAAGGAAUAUACCACAGCUUACACAGGUUGGACCUGUGCUAGUCACACACUGGGGAUUCAGUGGGCCAGCAAUUCUUCGCUUAUCUGCCUGGGGUGCCUGUGUUUUAUCCCGUACAGGUUACAAAGGGACUCUUAUUCUGGACUUUACACCUGAUGUGCAUAUAGAAGAUGUGAAAUCAAUCCUCACACAACACAAAAAUAAGUUUGCGAAGCAAAAGGUCGCUAAUUCAUAUCCUACAGAAUUUGGCCUUGUGAAGAGAUUUUGGAAAUAUAUAUUGGGUCGCCAGGGUUUACUUGGUGAUAUCUUGUGGGCAUCCAUUUCAAAGGAUUCAUUAGUUUCAGUUGCUCAUAUGUUAAAGCACUGUGACUUUUCUGUUAAAGGAAAGAGUCAAUAUAAGGAUGAAUUUGUCACUGCUGGUGGUGUUCCGCUUUCUGAGAUAUCAUUGAACACAAUGGAAAGCAAAAUUCAGCCACGCCUAUUCUUUGCAGGGGAGGUACUGAAUGUUGAUGGAAUAACGGGUGGUUUCAAUUUUCAGAAUGCAUGGUCUGGGGGAUAUAUAGCAGGAACUAGUAUCGGUAAACAAGCAGUUAGUGCUCAACUCGAUGAGGCGAAUUCAGUAAGCAAUUUCUAG